AUGAAAAGAACUUUAAACAAGAAGAGGAUCGCCAACUUUUCUACGAAUCCCACCGACAUCACAGCCUUAAGAGGAAUCCUUCCGCAAUUUAGAAGCACAAAAAACCGUGUCAAUUUCAUCAUUUUCGACUCAUUUGAUGCAGAAGACGAAGAAGACAGUUCAGACGAAGAAGAAAUUUAUCAGAAUCCUAAUAGAAUAAUUGUGUUCGGAACCACACAAAAUCUGUCUUUGUUGAGCCGGUCAAUGAUUAUUUUCUUGGACGGGACUUUUAAAACUUGCCCACACAUUUUCACGCAAAUUUUCACAAUCCAUGGAACGGUCCAUGGUGCAGUGUUUCCUCUCGUGUAUGCAUUGCUGCCAAAUAAAACAACAGAGUCUUACCGCGGAGCAGUUCUGAGAGCAGUCGCGGAUAAACGUGUUGAAUUGGGUUUCGCAGCUCCUCGUCCACGAUCUAUUAUGUCUGACUUCGAAUUGGCAAUCAUCAACUCCGUCAAACAAGUUUACCCACAAUCCACCAUCUUACUUUGUUUUUUCCAUCUAUCACAAAGUGUAUGGAGACAUUUGCAGAGUAUUGGGUUACAAGUCGCCUACAAUGACCCGGAAAAUAGGGAAGUCAAAAAUGGGUUUUCUCAAUUGUUGGCGCUGGCGUUUGUUCCUGCAGAAGAUGUUUCGCGAGUGUUCAAUAUGUUGAAGCCAACAUUACCACAGAGCAUGGAAGAAUUGGCAAAAUAUUUUGACAGAACUUACGUCAAUGGAUCAAGAGAGCUCGUUCGGCGCCGAUACAGGGUGCAACCUCCGAGGUACAGUCCAGUUCUGUGGAACCAUUAUCAAUCAGUUUUACAUGACGAGCCACGUACGAAUAACGCAACAGAAGGUUGGCAUAAUAGAUUCCAAAGUUUAAUAGGAAAAAACCAUCCAUCCAUUUAUUAUUUACUUCGGCAGUUCUUGAAAGAGCAGGUGGACACGGAGAAACAGAUAAUAGAAAUUCAAGCUGGACGGAAGGUGAGAAAACCAAGGGAGGCAAAGUACGAGCGACUUAACAUCAGGCUGAGAACGAUUGUCUCCCGUUAUGAAGAGCACAAAACAGAACGUACAGAGCUGGAUUACUUGAGAGCAAUAGGCCACAACAUUGCCUAA